UAACAAUUGAUAUCAAAAUAUUCAAGUCAUCGUAUUUUUUAAACCAUAGUGGUAAUCAAGUGCUAAAUUAACACAAAAUGUUCUUAAAUAAAUUACAGCAAUUGGAUAAAUAUCAAUUACUUAAAGUAAUAAAAGAUAACCUCAAUGAGAUUCAGAUUCUCAAUUGGCAAUUUUCUCCUAUGAUAAAAAAAGGAUAAUCAAUUUCAUUAAGGAAUUUAGAGAAAAUCCGUUUAUAUUACAACUUUCUCCCUUAUAUAUUACAUCUAGAGAGUUAAGUCCCGCUGUAAAAAGUUCUCCGAUUCCUCCGUUGAUGAAAAAAAUCCUACCCCGUCCACCCGAACUUAAAAUUCCCCCAAUACCUAACAAUUUUGAUAAUAAUGGUAGAAGAUGCUCAUCUUUGCCCGACGAUAAAAUGGAUUUUCCAAUAAAGAAGGAUAUAAAUUUUCUUCCUCUGCCUAUUAAUGAUAAAAAAAAUAAAUCAUUGAAUGAUUUAAAUAUUAAUAAUAAUGAUAGAAUUUAUACUGAAGAAAUUCGAACAAACUCUAAGCGAAAUAGAGGAUAUGAUGCAAUAAUAAAUAAAUCUUCUUCUGAAAGCUUGAAAGGAAUGGAAUAUCCUGGUAAAUAUAUUGAUAGUUUUCAUCAAAGAACAAACGUUAAUAAAUCUCCUGAGCAAAUACCACAAACCCAUGGUAAAUUCACAAGGGAUUUGCCUAAAUUUGACAACAGGAGUAACUUCUCAAGUGAUGAGGAAGAGUUUGUUUCUUAUUUUUCAAAAAAAAACAUUGCUGAUUAUUCUAACCCUGUUUAUGGAAACUUAGAAACUGCAACGUUUACACUAAAAACUAAAAUGAAAAGGAAUAUACCUCCAAGUUCUUCCCCAAAAAAAAUCAAUUUGAAGCUAGGCUAUGGAAUAGAAAAUGGAGCAUAUACAUUGAAACAAAUAGCGAAAAGUAAUCCAAACAUUUUUAGAGAAGAAUUACAAUCAAAGUUAGAGCAAGGCUACGAAAUAGGUAUGAGGGAAUCAUAUCAUUAUGAUGAAUUAGAAGAAUUAUAUGACGAUACAGUAUAUACCAAUGAACCGAUUUACGAAAAUAUCGAUGAAAUUUUUAUCAAAGACAAAAAUUUGGAUGAUUUAAUUGUUAGACAUGGCGACGAAAUGAUGUUUAAUGGUAACGAAUACGAAGAAACUUAUACAUACCAAUUAUCAACAUUUGAUAACAGUGAUUCUUCACCAACUUAUAGCAAUCAAUACGAGUUAGUAGAGAGCCAGACAAAAACACAUUUCUUCGAUAAUAUUAUUAACACUGACGACCAUGCGAUUUACGAGAAUAUUAGAAUGUUAAAGAGAACAGAAAAAGAUACAAAAGAUGAAAUAAUAAUGAACAUCAAUUAUGAACGUUUCUUCAGAAAUACGGAUAGAAAAGGAGCGAAGUUAAUAUUGAGGAAUUUACCAGAUAGAGCAUUCUUGUUUCGCCCAAGUCAUCGAUUCUUUUUAGUACUAACAAUAAAGUAUCAUAAUAACAUCAUUAAUUUGGGAAUAAACCAAACACCAGAUAAAAAGCUCAGUCUUGAUACUGAGACAGGUGAUUUUCCUAUGAAGUUUGAUUCUCUGACCGAUAUGGUUAGUUAUUUUACAGAUGAGGAGAUUACUUUUAUGACAGAUGGAGAGUAUUUGCAAAUGCGUUUGAAUCCUGUCUUACCACCUGAUUUAUUUUAGAGCAAUUGUAGAAUAUAUCCAUUCUUCACUUAGAUCAUGAAGAAUUUAUCCAAAAGAUGUACGCAAUAAUUAAAAAUUGAAAGACAGUAUAAGAGGAUCUCUCCUCUUGACUAUAGCAGUUCAAGUAUAUUUGAAUAAAAGACUUUAUCAAACUUAAGAAUAGUUUAUUACUGUCCGUAGUAUUUAAAAGCCAGAUAUAAUAAAAAUAAAUGAAUUUU